AUGCUGCGAGCCUUCCACAAGCAGUACCCCAGCUACAACCUGACGCCGCUGCUCUACAAGCGGCAGCAGCAAUUGAUCGAUGCCCGGGCCUUCAACGAAUGGUUGGCCAACCGGCGUCAGCGCCAGGAAGGUGAGGCAUACGCAGACGAGCUGGGGCGCAUGACCGACGCCGUCAACAGGAGGAUCCCCCAGUUGAGGUGGGCCCCCGCCGAGCGGGCGGGCGUGCGUCGCGUGGCCCGCGACGUCCUGGGCUACAUCGCUGAGGGCGAGCCCUUGCCCAUCGACCUCCCAAACCGCAAUGCCAGCAUCCUGACUUCCAGCCACUUCUGGCUGGACGACUAUCCCCAGAGCUCCGAGCCCGAGCCAGCCCCGCUGCCCCACACGACCGUGGACCCCGCGGCGGCCUUCGAGGACGCCAAUGAAGGGUAUGAUGGCGUGCCCUUCCCCCGCCGAGAUUUCCUGCGCCCCCGGCCUUUGACCUGGACCUCUACAACGCCGCUCGCAGGGGGCGCAAUUGGAUCGACCGGAACCUGCGCAUCCCGCGCACACCCGAAGGGCCUGGCGCCCCCGCCCGACGAGGUGGCCCCUCCGCAGAUCAUCGGCAGGCCCAGCGAGGUGGAGCCGCUCCUGGAGCGGGCGGGGCAGCGGGCCCAGGAGGUGGAAAGGGCUGCAGCCCAAGACAUUGAACAGUUCAUGAGCGAGCAGGUGGCCGAGGCCGAGGCCACGGAGGGCUUCGCUUCCACCGCAGAAGUGGCUGCGGGGGCCGCAGAAGCGGCAGCUGCAGCGGAGGGCCCGAGUGCACUGGCGCUGUUUGGAGAGGCUGCAUUGGGCACGGCUGCGGGCAUGGGAGCAGCAGCAGGAGGCCUUGCCGUGGCGGGUGGGGCAGCGGCGCUUGUGGGCACUGCGUGGGCGCUCCACGGCGGCAUGGUGGCCGCAGAACAUUUGCUGGGCUGGGGCGGCGGUGGCGGCACCGACACGGACGCUUCGCGGCCCAGCUCGGCCCCAGACAUUCAGACUCUCAACGGCAUGCAGGAGUUCGGUGCUGAGCAGCACUUCCAGCUCCGAGAACAACAACGCCCGCGGACACAGUUCUACCGCAUGGACACCGAGGACGAAUCGGGGCCGCGGGCCCAGCCGCCCCCGAGGGUGCAGGCCCGCCCCGCGAGGCCCACGCGCUUCCCCACGGGCCUCAAUCCCGCCCCCCUGGCGCAGUCCUCGGGCAGUGAGAGCUCCUCCCGCGGGCCUCACAUGCAGCCGCAGUCCCGCGCCGCGCCGCCCCCUUCCUUCGAGGUAACUGCUGCCGUCAAUGAUGAGCUCGUACAAUCCCUUUCAUUCAAGCUGGAGACCUCCAACGUCAAUUACGUGCAGAGCCGCAAGGACGUGCAGUACUAUCCGAGCUCGCUGAGCGUCUUCACGCCGACCACGAGCCGCGUGUGCAGGAUCCCGCUCACGUCAGGAAUGGACUUCGUGGACGGGGAGUCCGUCAAGCUGGGCUUUACGGAGUACACAAUCGAGAACGUGAAGCUCUACGCCUCCCAG